AUGGAGGACGUUGAGCCACAAGAGGAGGAGGAAGAACUCCCUAUGUACCAAGAGCACUACAAUGCUCUCUUCUCCAUGGAUUUUGUGGAAACAAGAUACCCACAUGUUGACACAAUGAAGGCCCUUGGAAUCUUUGAAGAUGUGGAGCUAGUUCUCAAGAACAUGCACUUGGCCAAAAGCUUCUUCUCUUAUCACAUGGAAUCCUACCAAGGAGCUCUGAUGUCUUUUGGAGCAUUCUGGAGCAUAUGGGACAUAAGGAGCAUGGAGGGACUUGGCGCAUGGAAGCAGCUCAACUGGACACGCAAAGGAAGAAGGAGAAGCCAUCUUGAAGACCAGCUCGACCCCACUCGACCAACCGGUCGAGUUCCUCAACUCGACCGGCCAAGCUUCAACUCGAUCGAGCUGGGGAGUCAAAGUCAAACCCGAAAAAUGUUGCUUCCCCCUUGA